GAAGUUUCUGAAAAAUCGCGUCGGGAUCCUAAACUCCGCGCCAAAUCGCAGAUCGCGGCACUCGCGGGGCGGUCGCUCGAACCGCGCGCGCCCCCUCCGGCGUAUAAAUCCCGCGGGCGGUGGCUUGCCGCCCCCGUUGCACGUCGAGAGCGGCAGAGAUGAGCGGCUCCGGCAAACCGCUGCUGGGCCUCUGGCUGUACCGGAGCGGAGAAGAAUGGGACUACAAGGAGAGCGCUCCGAUCGCGCUGAAGCCGCAGGCCUCCAAAUCUACCGAAGAUCCGAAACAGCUUGAACCCGAAAAGAAGGAGAAGCUCUCCAUCAUCUUCACCCUGAAAAAUCAAGUGGGCGGACUGGUGCGCGCCCUGCAAGCCUUCCAGGACCUUGGCGUCAACGUGCAGCACAUCGAGUCGCGCCCUUCGCCUAACGGCGAAGGGCACGCCGAUUUCCUGGUGGACGUCGAAUGCGAGCCGCGCAGACUCGACCAGGUAGGUAGGCUGCUGAAGCGCGAGGUGGUCACCAUGGUGAUCGGGAAGUUUGGUGGAGAGGAAAGCGAGUUUCCGCCACCAACACCGCUCUCGGCUACCGCCAGCUUCGAUUUCGACGAUAUGCCGUGGUUUCCCAAGAAAAUAUCUGACAUUGAUUUGGCUCAGAACGUGCUGAUGUAUGGGAGUGAACUGGACGCUGAUCACCCAGGAUUCAAGGACCCUGUAUAUCGAAAAAGGAGAGAACAUUUCUACCGCAUAGCGAUGAAUUACAAACAUGGACAACCAAUUCCAAAAGUCAAAUAUACCCCAGAAGAAAUCAAAACUUGGGGUACUGUGCUUCGUGAACUGCAAAAACUCUACCAACAGCACGCGUGCAAAGAGUACCUGGAGAAUUGGCCUCAGCUAGUGAAGUACUGCGGCUACAGAGAGGACAACAUCCCGCAGCUGCAAGACGUCAGCGUAUUCCUCAAGAGGAAGACCGGCUUCCAAUUGAGGCCUGUCGGAGGCUACUUGACCUCCAGGGAUUUCCUCGCUGGGCUGGCCUUCAGGGUGUUCCAUUGCACCCAGUACAUCAGACAUUCUAUUGAUCCUUUCUAUACGCCAGAACCGGAUUGCUGCCAUGAACUUCUUGGACACAUGCCACUGCUAGCCAAUCCAAGUUUCGCACAGUUUUCGCAAGAGCUUGGUUUAGCAUCCUUGGGAGCAUGCCAAGAGGAUGUUGAUAAACUAGCAACACUUUAUUUCUUCACUGUAGAAUUCGGUCUUGCGAAAGAAAAUGGCCACCUCAAAGUGUAUGGGGCAGGAUUACUGAGCUCAGUGGCUGAGCUGAAACACGCGAUCACAGCGCCAGAGAAAGUGAAACGGUUCGAUCCCGAACUGACCUGUCAACAAGAGUGUAUAAUAACGGAUUAUCAGCUGGGUUACUGGUACACAGACUCGUUUGAAGAGGCCAAAGAAAAAAUGCGGACCUUCGCUGAGAAUAUCAAACGACCAUUUGGACUCCGGUACAACCCUUACACACAAAGCGUGGAGGUUUUGAGCAAUGAGAAGAAAAUUACUGAUGUCGUAUCCGAGUUGCGUGGAGAUCUGUGUAUAGUGAACAGCGCACUCAAAAAAAUAAGCGCCAGGGAUGCAAAUUUGGACGUCAACCGCAUAACGACCCUACUGCAAAAAGGCCUUUUAUCAGACUGUGAGAGCCACCCUGAAGAAAGCAAUAAAGGCCUCGAUGAUAACUAAGAAAACUAACUGAUUCUUCCUAAUGAUAUAUUUGUAUAUACCUAAUGAUCUAUAAAAUACAAUAUACCGGAUGGCAGCG